UUGUGUGCGCGCUUCUGCUCAAUCGCUACAGUACAGAACAGACAAAACACAUGCGCUCGCUCGAUAAUCGACACAGUCAGUCCAGUCAGUCCAGUUUCGCUCUCUCUGGCAGAAUUUUCCAUUUAUCGUUGCAGUUGUCGGAAAAAUUGAUUUCAAAAUAUUUGCCAUUCAAACAUGUUACUAUUCUCUCUGACGGAUCAACAAUUAUGCUGUACUAAACGCCAGUUGAAAAAGUCAAGUAGUGCAGCAGCAACAACAACAGCUAAAACUUCAGUCAACGCACUCGCCAAAACUUUAUAACAAGAAAUUUUCGUUUUCGUGCAAUUUUAAGAAAAUCAACAGCAAAACCAACAGCCAAAAGCGUUAAAUCCAUAAAAACAUAAAGGAUUAACGCAAAACUUUCUUAAAAUCACCGAAAAAUAAACGAAACGGAAAAGAUAGCAGACCAAAUCGACAGAAAAAGAGCAACAGUCGUAAAAUAAACAGCUAAAAACUGCGUUACCAACCAAAGAAAAGCAAAUAAAAACAUAAAAAGAAAGCCGAGAAGUUAAAACAAUUUGAAAAAUAACGUUAAAUAACAGGAAUUUAAUUGCAAUUAAAAUUUAAGCAGCAGUACAAAAAGGCGGCGAGUUUACUUAUUUUAUACUUUCAUUUCCGCUUCGGUGUGCGUGUGUGUACGCGAAGUGUAGUCUACUUCUAAGCGCGGCUAGUUUAUACCUAAACUAGCUGAGCUGCACAGCGGCAAUUUACUUAGUAAAGCAAAAAUAUAAAUAAAAAAAACUAACCGUAAGCCACUUUACGGCGUCAUAUUGUAUCUCUUACGAAUUUCACAUUUUUGUAAUGAAAAUUGCAAACAUGAAAUUUAAGCGCAAAUAUGGCUGUUUAAAUAUUUGAAAAAUAUUAUUAGUGUAUUUUUCGAAUAUUUUAUUUCGUAGCAUUUUAUAAGUUUAUUGUAACACACACACACACACAUAAUCUCUAAACCGUAAACCUUUUUGCCUAACUGAAGCCUGUGUCUGUCUUGUCUGUCUGUCUGUUUGUGUCCUUUUGUAAACCGCUACCCACCUACUGGUUAGAUUUAAAAAACACGCCUACACUUACUUACCUACAUAUAUUUGCAUACAUACAUCAACAUAUAUAUUCACUCAAAUAAAAAUACAUAAAUAUACAUUUGAAGAAAACAAUUCAAUUACAGCUAAGCUUACGCCUUACGAUUUUUCACCGCUAAAAAAUUUUUAAAUUUAAAAAGUGAUCAGGAAUUUGUAACGUUUUCUAAGUACUUAUAUAAAAUUGAACUUUCGCAUUCACUUAACGGCUUCAAGAUUUUCCCAACAAUUCACGCCAACUCGCUCUUUCUAAAGUUAACAAUUUAAUUUUUGGGUUUGUGUUUUUAUGUCUUUAAAUUUUUAUUUGUUAUUUUUCAAAUUAAAAAAAUUUAUUUUAAAUUAAAUACACCAUAUAAAAUAAAAUAAAAAUCAAAUUAAUCCAAAAACAAAUUAAUUGAAGUAAAAAAAAAAAUACAAACUAACGUACAACAUGGAUGCUUUAUCACCCGAUUUGUUGUGGAUGGUCGUGCUCGGCUUUCUAAUUGCUUUCGUGUUGGCAUUUGGCAUUGGCGCAAACGAUGUGGCAAAUUCAUUCGGUACGAGUGUUGGCUCCGGUGUGUUGACCAUACGACAGGCUUGUGUUUUGGCUACUAUAUGCGAAAUUUCUGGUGCAGUUUUGAUUGGCUACAAGGUGUCGGAUACUAUGCGCAAAGGUAUUUUAGAGGUUGGUCUCUACGAAGGCGCCGAAGAGGAACUUAUGUUGGGCUGUGUCGCUGCGUUAGCGAGUAGCGCCAUAUGGUUACUGGUAGCUACUUUCCUCAAGCUACCCAUUUCGGGUACACAUAGUAUCGUUGGUUCAACAAUUGGCUUCUCAUUAGUCGCACGCGGUACACAGGGUCUGAAAUGGUCUACAUUGGCUACCAUUGUCGGUUCGUGGUUUAUAUCGCCGGUGAUGAGUGGUUUAGUUAGUAUUCUACUCUUUAUGGCUAUACGAAAAUUUAUUUUACGCGCUAGCGAUCCAUUGAAAGCGGGAUUUCGGUCGUUGCCAAUUUUUUAUGGUGUGACAUUUUUUAUAAAUGUCAUCAGUGUGGUGCUGGAUGGUCCGAAAUUACUGUAUAUGGAUAAUAUCCCCGCUUGGAUUGCUAUUUGUUCGAGUAUUGCCCUCAGCUUAUUGGUUGCACUUCUCACCCAACUUAUUGUUGUACCUAUACAAAAACGCAAGAUCGCCAAACAAUUACGUGCUCAAAACCCCGUUAAAUUCAAUUUCGAGGACUCAGUUGAAUCCUCACCGUCCGGUAGUCCUAAGAAAAAUCGUCGUCCACUUUCACUCGUCAGCGACGGCAAACAAUUGCCCGCAAUUGCCGAAAUCACUGAACUCGUCUCCUUAACCGAUAAUUCACCGAAAACAUUCAAGCUCACACCUUAUGGUCUUAAUAAAAAUGGUCAUGUGACUACGCCAAAUAACGGUUACACACCAGAUGGUUAUAAAAUUAAUCCGGAAAUUAUUAAAAAAGCCGAAGAUUUGCUGGGCAAAGCUAGUUUGGAUAAUACCGAUUUGACCAUAACGAGUUUGAAUUUCAUUGACGAGCAAUAUCAAAAUGGCAACGGCAAUGGUUUGUUGCAGAAUGGCAAUAGGAAUAACAAUGCGAGAGGGUUGUUAACGAAUGGCAGGGGUAACGGUAGUCAACUGCAGGAGUAUUUCAAGUCGGACGUGAAGUCGCCCUUGUUGGAUGCGAAGAGCACAACUGAACAUACACACGAGCUUCCAGCAUACCAGCAACCACAACAACAGCAGCAGCAACUCGAUAGCAAGGAAACAAAUGGCUGCGCUGCCAACAAUAAUAUUACAUCAACUGCCAUGGACACCAGUACCACCACCAAUGCUCUAACACCAGCGCCUGCAACACCCUCCACAACCGCUAUGAUGCUUACCAGCGAUAUAAAGCCUCAAUUAGCUGAUAUUAUUGUUACAAAGGCAACAACAACUACUGUAGAUCAUACACCAACAUGCACGACUGCCAAAAAGGAUUUGAAAGUUGUUGAGAGUGGCAGCAGCUUGGAGAUGAUGAUUUCAUCUACGCUCUCGCCAAAUUCCAGUAAGGUACCGCUAAUUGAGAGCAAAGAGUUGAUACACGAUUUCAAGCAGACGGAUGAUGCAGCAACGCACAAUGGCGAGGAGUCGGAGGAGGUGUCAAUGUUGUUUUCGUUUUUACAAAUUUUAACCGCAACUUUUGGCAGUUUUGCGCAUGGUGGUAACGAUGUGAGCAACGCUAUUGGACCUCUAAUUGCUUUGUAUAUGAUUUAUAAAGAAGGUUCUGUGAUGCAGAAGGCCGAAAGUCCUAUUUAUAUUUUGAUCUAUGGAGGUAUUGGUAUCUCAGUGGGUUUAUGGCUGUGGGGACGACGGGUCAUCGAAACAAUCGGCAAUGAUUUGACGAAAAUCACAUCAUCAACUGGCUUCACCAUCGAGGUUGGCGCCGCUAUCACAGUACUUUUGGCAAGUAAAAUCGGCUUACCCAUUUCGACGACACAUUGCAAAGUCGGUUCUGUGGUAUUUGUUGGGCAUGUAAGUGGCAAAGGACACAAUAAGGAAAUGAAAAAACAAAUGUCAAAGGAGGCUUCAGCGGAGAUUGGUGCCAUAACCUCAUCAUCUACUGCUACUACACCAACAACAGCAGCAAAUUUGAAUGAAAUGAGCGGUAAAAUGACAGUGUCCUCCUCAACAAGUGCAAAUGCCAUAGCCAAUGGGGGUGGCGGUGGCGGUGGAGCUAGUGUUACAGAAGGCUCUGCUAGUGCUCCUGCUGCGGCAAGUGUUGCUGUCGGUGCUGUCGAUUGGCACUUAUUUAGAAAUAUCGCCUACGCUUGGAUUGUGACCGUGCCGGUAACGGCGCUGCUCUCGGCGGGCAUAAUGUUUCUCAUGUGCAGCAUUGUUUUGGCCUAAGCAAAGCAUGCAAAGGAAUUUUGAUUAAUAUUUUAAAAUGAAAAGAAAAGAAACACGUUACAAUUAUUAAGUAUUCAACAAACUUACUAACGUAAGCGUAUCUACACACAUAUUUAUGUAUGUACACAUUAAACGAUAUUGUACUUAUUAUGGUAAAAGUAAUUUAUUGUUAUUAUGUAUUAAAAUACGAUUAAAAUGGGCGAAGAGUUAAAAAGUAAAUUCAAGAAAAAAAAAAAGGAGAUUAAAAAUUAAAACAAAAAUUGGCAGCGAAAAAUUGAGAAACGUUGUUGAGUAAAGGGUAAAUUACACAUUUUGAAUGUUUGAAUAUUUACGUAUUGAGUUAAGCCAAUUAGCCUGCCAGCCAGCGUCAAUGCAUGGAUUUCAUAAAAAUCGAAAAAAAAAACAGAAAUAUUAAUGAAAAAUUGGAGAUUCAAUUAAAAAAUUUAUAAAUAUAAAAAUAUAUAAUAUUUACAAAAGAAGAAGACAAAUAUACAUACAUAAUUAAAGCAUGAACUAAGUAUUUUGUGCAUUGCAUGUUUGAUUUGAACGUCGUUUAGUCAUGUCGGUUUAAUAUGUGAAGCUAAAAAAAAUCUUUUAUUGUCAGUUACAACUGAAAAAAUUGAAUAUUAAUAUAUAAUAUAAAAGAAAGAAUUGAAUUUAUUCAACUAACUCAUAAAAGACCCUAUGAUAUUCAUAAAACAAUAAAAUAUUCAAUUGGAAAGCAAUCGAUUUUUUUUUAUUUUUUUUACGACAAAAAACUCGAAUACUCGAUGAAAAAAUAUCAACAUAAACCCAAACAAUAAAAGUUUAUACAUAUAUGAUUUUUUUUUAUUUUUUUAAUAUAAUUUUUUUUUUUUGAAAAAUUAUAAAACUAUUUAAUACAUAAAUUGAAAAUUAAAAAAAUGCCAGCAAUUUAAUGCAAUAUUUUUCCGGUUAUACACAUGCAAUUUUAAGUAAAAUUCAAUUAACCUUAGUUGGAAACAACAAAGUUAAUCAAACUGUUUGUGUUUUUUUUAUGUUCCAAGUAUUUUUCAUUAUUUGUUAAUAACAGACAUAGACACUAUUUAAUUCCUAUUAGCACACUAAUUAAGUAUAUAAUCUCAAUUUUUUUGUUAAAGAAGAAAAAAAAACGAAAUACAGAAAAAAUAAUAAUAUUUUAAAUAUUAAGUAAAUUAUGGCAGAGCUACAAAGAUUGUAGCAAAUAAAUGUAUUUUGUUUAUACAGGGUAAAUAAAACGAAAAUUGAUUUUGAUAUGUUAUUGAAAAACAAAAAAAAAGAAAAAUAAAUAAUAAAUAAAUAUGUUUUAGGUAUGCCAAGUAUUUAGUGUACUAAAAGUACAACAACAACUUUGUUUAGUAGCUAAAAAAAAUAUGCGUAAAUAAAAAACAACGGAACUAAUGAA